CUAACAGCGCCAACACAUUCUCCUAAAAUGGUUUACCAAGCUGUCGUUCUCCUUGUUGUGCUGGCCUUCACACAUGCCUUCCCGGACGGCUAUGGACCAGUAUAUGCUUCGGGGCCAAUACCGUAUGGCUUCAACUACGCCGUGAACGACGCUUACAGGGGAACCAACUUCGGCCACGGUGAGAAGUCCGACGGCAGCAACGUGUGGGGAUCCUACACUGUCGCCCUCCCCGACGGUCGUAAACAAAUUGUAAUUAUGCACUUGAUUUUGUAUUAUUCUUAGUAACCGUAUUGUACAAAAUUAAUACAAUUGGGAAAUAUUUGAAACGAAUAACCCGUCUGCUGAUAUGGUGCACCUUACACUGUAUUUUUCAUUGCAAUUUGCAGGUGGACUACACAGCUGACCACGGCAGGGGAUUCGUGGCCAAGGUCAGCUUCUCCGGCAAGGCUCAGCACCCCAAAGUUUCUGGUCCUGCCGUCGUUUUUCCUCAAAAUGGAGGCGGAUACCACUGACAGGGGCGACUAGCGUAUUUCUAGUGUUAUACUCAACAUAAUAUUCAAUAAAGGAAUGUAUCAUAA